AUGGUAGGGAAGUGGGAGGGGAGGGCUGAGCCCAGAGUGCAAACUGACCCCAAGCUGGUCCCCCUGGGAUGGGAACAGGGCCAAAGACUCCCUGGGGUGGGACCCUGGUCAGUCACCCUCCCAUUGUACCCUUUCCUGAGGAAAGGGGAUGGGGCUGCCGUCUUGGCUUGGGAGACUGGCACCGUGAAGUUCUCCUCUGACCCACAAGGGGUGGGUGGGAGACUCUCUCCUCCCCAUCCAGAGCCUCCCACCUGCCCUUCCCUGGAGCAGGCAGCCCCCAGGCCCUUGGGACAGAGACCAAGUCCAGCACCCACGAGACUAAGGCCAGAUCCACCAGCCAAGGAGCAGAAGCCACCUUUGUCUUCCACCGUGGAACAGAGAACAGCCCUGGCCCCCAGCUCUAUUCCAGCGCCAGCAGAGCCCUGGUCAACGACCACCUCCACAGGGCCGAGGCUGUCUCUGACAUCCCUGGGACCCAGCCAGGCUCCAACACCUGUGGAGAAAUGCCAGCCCCCCACCUCCACAGGGCCGAAGCCGUCUCUGACAUCCCUGGGACCCAGCCAGGCUCCAUCACCUGUGGAGCGGUGCCAGCCCCCCACCACCAUGGGACCGAGGCCAUCUCUAACAUCCCUGGGACCCAGCCUGACUCCAUCACAGGCUGGGCUGUGGCCGGCAGCACCCUCUCCCUCCUCCUCAGUGGGGAACAGGCCAUUCCCGCCGCCACCAGUGGAGCAGCACCAACCCUUGUCAUCCUCCUCCUCCUCGGGGCAAAGGCAGGGUCCUGGAUCCUCAGGGUUAAGUCCAGGACCACCAACUCUAGAGCAAAGGCCCUCCUCUCCCUCCCCCCAGGGGCAGAGCCUGGCUCCAGCAUCCACAAGCCAUAGUCCUGCUCUGUCCUGCCCAUUACUGUGUCCAGCUUCAUCCCCUGUGGAGCAGAGACCUCUGUCACCCCCUGGAGAGCCCUCAUGGGCAUCCCUUGAACCAGCUCCAGCCCCAUCAGCCACGGAUUGGAUGCACACAGAGCCCAGACUGACCUCCUCUUCUGAGAGACUCCCUGUCCCCCAGCCCCAGGGCAUGGGUGGUGCUGGCAUCCCGUCACCAGCUGGGAGCACCCACACUCUAGGCCAGACUUCACCUGAUCCCUCCCUCUCUCUCUCCUUCCGGCCUCGGCCUGAAGCCCCCCGGAAUCCCAGUCCAGAAGACUCUCUCUUGCCUCGGCCACCCCAGGCCCUACCGCUGGACACAAGCCACAGCCAGUCGGAGGCAGGGGCCCGCUCUCCCGUCCUGCUGUCUCCGGGGUCACUGAGGCCAACAUUCCCCGCCUCGACAGGAGGUCCCAUGGCCAUCCCAAAGCCACCCCCCUCCCCUAACCGUUCGCCUAACCGUUCCCCUGGCACUAGCCAAGCUAACGUGGCUGGGCACUUAGGACCACCACCCCCUAAGCCUCCGGAAACGUCCCCCUCUAAGCCUGGUACAAAUGGGGCCAGCCCAAGCGGGCACAGGAGCCCUGUCCCACCAAUGCAAGGCCUUCAGGCCCCUCUCCCUUAUUCCCCCUCUGGAUCUGCCUGGUCAGCACAAUCUACCUGCAAAGGAGACCCUGGCUUCCGGAUCACCAUAGUGACAUGGAACGUGGGUACCGCCAUGCCCCCUGACGAUGUCACCUCCCUCCUGCAUCAGAAUGGGGACGACAACGGUGGUUCAGACAUGAUAGCCAUUGGGCUGCAGGAGGUGAAUUCCAUGAUCAACCAGCGACUCAAGGAUGCCCUCUUCACUGACCAGUGGAGUGAGCUCUUCAUGGAUGCAUUGGGGCCCUUCAACUUUGUCAUGGUGAGCACAGUCAGGAUGCAGGGAGUGAUUCUCCUGGUCUUUGCCAAGUAUUAUCACCUGCCCUUCCUCCGGAAUGUCCAGACAGACUGCACCCGGACCGGCCUAGGGGGCUACUGGGGCAACAAGGGCGGGGUGAGCGUCCGCCUCUCAGUCUUUGGCCACAUGGUCUGUUUCCUCAACUGUCACCUGCCUGCCCACAUGGACAAGGCUGAACAGAGGAAGGAAAAUUUCAUGACCAUCCUCAACAUGCAGCAGUUUGAGGGGCCCAUGGCCCACGGCAUCCUGGACCAUGACAUUGUCUUCUGGUUUGGGGACCUGAACUUCCGCAUUGAAAGUUAUGAUCUACACUUUGUCAAGUUUGCCAUCGAUAACGACCAACUUCAGAAGCUCUGGGAGAAGGACCAGCUGAACAUGGCCAAAGGCUCCUGGCCAGUCCUCAGGGGCUUCCAGGAGGGGCCCCUCACCUUCGCUCCCACCUUCAAGUUUGAUGUGGGAACCAACUACUAUGACACCAGUGCCAAGAAGCGAAAGCCCGCUUGGACGGACCGAAUCCUCUGGAAGAUCAAGGCACCAAGUGGGGGGCCUAGCCCCUCUGGCCGAGAGAGCUACCGGGUACAGGUGACCCAGCACAGUUACCGGAGCCAUAUGGAAUAUACUGUCAGUGACCACAAGCCUGUGGCUGCCCUCUUUGUCCUGCAGUUUGCCUACAGAGACGAUGUGCCCCUGGUGAGGAUUGAUGUAGCAGAUGAGUGGCUGAGGCCCGAGCAGGCUGUGGUCCGUUACCGCAUGGAGACUGUCUUCUCACGAAGUUCCUGGGACUGGAUCGGCCUCUAUCGGGUGGGCUUCCGGCACUGUAAGGACUAUGUGGCGUAUGUGUGGGCCAAGCAUGAAGACGUGGACGGCAGCACCUACCAGGUCACAUUCAGUGAAGAGUCACUCCCCAGGGGUGGGGGCGAGUUCAUACUGGGCUACUACAGCCACAACCAAAACAUCCUCAUUGGGGUCACUGACCCAUUCCAGAUCUCCCUGCCCGCCUCGGAUGAGGGCAGCAGCCCCACGGACAGCUCGAGGGCCAGCUCCGAGGGGGAGGAUGACAGCACCCUGGAGCUGCUGGGCCCCAAGUCCCGGAGCCCCAGCCCAGGCAAGAUGAAGAGACACCGGAGCCGCAGCCCCGGCCUGUCCAAGUUCCCCGGACUGGUUCUCCGGCCUUCGUCCCGGGAGCGGGGGACCAGCCGCAGCCCCUCCCCCCAGGGCCACCGGCCCCUCAAACCCCCCAGCUCCGGGCCGGGCACGGGAAUGAGGGGUAAGGAGAAGAAGGGGAAAGCGGGCUUGAGCCCUGAGGAAGAGGAUCCCCCCCUGCCUGAGAUGCCCGGGCCCUGGAACUUCCCCCUACCCAGCUCCCUGCCCCGGCCUGUGCCCCGAACCCUGGGCCUCCUGCCAUCCCUUAGGCUGGAGCCUGUCCUCGGUAGCCAGUGGCGAGGCGAGCGUGAGCAGGAGGACCAGUCCGGUGCAAAGAGCCCCAGCCGUCCCCCCCGGAGCCCUUCCCCCACCCCCAAGAGCCAGCAGGGGAUGGAAGAAGCGUCCCUGGGGCCCUGAGUGGGAGCCAUCCCCAGUAGUAUGUCCCCCUCGCUGCAUCCACCUACCCCACCCAUGGCUCCUCCUGCAGGGCCUGCUGGCCAUCUGGCUGCCCCAUCCCGUGGGCAGGGUCAGGAGGGGCCCUGCAGGGGUGUAGGGCUGGCCAGGGUCUCUACCUCCGGGCUGCACCGUGAAGAGGGGCCCUCCCUCCCUCUCUCCAUCCUGGACCCUAACCUGUGACAAUCACAGCUCCCUUGCUUUCCCCAAGCCCAGAGCUGGGUGCAGGGGGGCUGGGGGCUGUGCCGAGCCCCAGCUGCUAGCCAUCAUCCUGAGGGUUGUUUAUUAGGAAUAAAAGUCUCAGAUCUC